AUGCCAGAUGGGAAACCAGCAGCUGCAUUAAGCACUGGUCUAAUGAUCUUUAUGUUUCUGCUGUUUGUUCUCAACUUUGUCUUCAACAUAAACGCACACAUAAGCCUAAAGCCAAAUGCCUUAUUUCAAUUGAAUUUGAACAGCAUUUCCUUGUACCCAUUGGGUCAUGUUUCGUUUGUGCAUCUCUUUAUGAACUCAAUUUCGCUUUACGGCCCAUUGACGGUAUUUGAAAGAAGCCACGGAACCGUUCAUACGGGUGUGAUACUCAACCUUUUGGCAGUUUUCACUGCUAUUCCUUACUGCUUACUAGGUUCCCUGUUUUUUUCAAAGACUGAAGUUAUAGGGAGCAGCGGAUGGUGUUUCUCAUUUUUGGCAUAUUUCAGCUUCAAAGAAUCGAUAAUGCGUCCUCAACAGCGCAUUUUCAAUGACUAUUCGCUACCCACACGUUACAUUCCCGUGGCCGUGUUAGUGCUUGUUACGAUUUUUUUCCCUGCUUCCAGUUUCUGGGGUCACUCCAUUGGGCUGUUGUGGGGGUACGCACUUGGCUCGAAGGAGGUGUAUGCAGCUAAAUUGGUUCCACCAAGCGCACUAAUCCAGAAAAUUGAGGCCAAACUUGACCGUGCAAUUGCAGCCAUUCCCUUGGGGGUUAAGUUUUACAAAGAAGUCGAUGCUAACAGAUCAGAAUCGUACACCUCGCUCCUCGGGGAAGAAAGCGUUCUGCCGCUUCACUCAACUCCACAAAACACGGGGUUCCAAGGUGAAGGACGUCCGCUGGGCUCUUAG